AUGGCUCCCGCAGAUCUCGUCCAAUUUCGUGACGCUGUCAGGCUUGAGGAAUUGGAUGAAAAAACAUUCAAAGUCAACUUCAACCCGCAAUACUGUGUAGGCAAUGUUGUCAACGGGGGCUACAGUGCAUCUUGUAUGGCCAUCGCCGCUUCCAAAUACACCUCAAAGCGUGGUCAGCCGCACUUGGUUACUUCACAAUACAUCUUUCCCGAUCGUUGCUCUACCGGCCAGGCCGUCAUUGUCGUAGAGGAUGUCAAGAAGGGCAAGAUGCUGUCCAACAUUCAGGUCAGCGUAUGGCAAGGCGCCCUCCUCGAAUCGGCGCCCUGGUUCGAUCGUGAAAAGUCGCGCCGGCCGCUGCUCGCCAAUAUGGUGUUUGCCAACAUGGACGACUUUGACCCCUCCAUGACUCUCCCGACUGCCUACAAAACGCACGCCGAGCUAGCUGGCACGUCUCUGCCCGACCCCGACUUUGCACGGCUGCUUCAAGACAACCGCGACGACAACUGGACCCUCAGCGUCCCGCCCGGCGACUGGAGCAAAGACGCUGCCAGCCUGCCCAGCAAGGCCAUGUACGUUCCCAAGAAGGGCCUCUUCACGCCCGGCGUCUUUGACAUGUGGGUGCGUCUCCAGACGGACGAGAAGCUCACCCAGCAGGUGCUGCCCUACGUCGCCGACUUGCUGCCGUACGAGAUGGAGCGCUACCUCUUUGCACCCGAGGUCAAGGAGCUGGUAGAACAGAUGAAGAAACAGGAGGACGAGGAUAAGGCCAAGGCGACGCCGCCCAAGGGAGACAGCGGCAGCACGGUGGCUCAGAAGCCUGGCAAGACGCAACCGUAUUGGUUCGCCACGCUGGCGCUGAAUCUGGAGACCAAGGAGCUUUUGCCGGAAGAGGGCGUCGAGUGGCUGCACGUGCGCCUCCUAGCCAAGCAGCUGUCGGGAGGAAAAUUCGAUCAGGGUAUUGAAAUUCGAGACCAGUCGGGGGACCUGAUUAUGCUUGGGCACAUGGUCUCGCUGGCGCUCAAGUUUGAGCGCAACACGACGGGUCGUACCAAGUCGGCAUUGUAG